CCUUGGCGUGGCACUGGGCUGCUGGCCCGGGCCGGGAGGAGGUGGCCUUCCGUUGGUGACGUUGGGCUCGCCGGCAGGGCGUUCUCCUGCGCUGACCGGAGCUGUGCGGCCAGCUCCUGCCGCCGCCGCCGCCGCCGCGCUCGCGAUGGGCGCCCAGGACCGGCCGCAGUGCCACUUCGACAUCGAGAUCAACCGGGAACCGGUUGGUCGAAUUAUGUUUCAGCUCUUCUCAGACAUAUGUCCAAAAACAUGCAAAAACUUCCUAUGCCUAUGCUCAGGGGAGAAAGGCCUUGGGAAAACAACUGGGAAGAAGUUAUGUUACAAAGGUUCUACAUUCCACCGUGUGGUUAAAAACUUUAUGAUUCAGGGUGGGGACUUCAGUGAAGGUAAUGGAAAAGGUGGAGAAUCAAUUUAUGGUGGAUACUUUAAAGAUGAAAACUUUAUUCUCAAACAUGACAGAGCGUUCCUUUUGUCAAUGGCAAACCGAGGGAAACAUACCAAUGGUUCCCAGUUUUUCAUAACUACAAAGCCUGCUCCACACCUGGAUGGGGUUCAUGUCGUCUUUGGACUGGUUAUUUCCGGUUUUGAAGUAAUUGAACAGAUUGAAAAUCUGAAAACAGAUGCUGCAAGCAGACCUUAUGCAGAUGUCCGAGUCAUUGACUGUGGUGUGCUUGCCACCAAGUUGACGAAAGAUGUUUUUGAGAAGAAAAGGAAGAAACCAACACAUUCAGAAGACUCGGAUUCUUCUUCCAAUUCCUCUUCCUCUUCAGAAUCAUCCUCAGAAAGUGAAGUUGAACAAGAGAGAAUCAGAAGGAGGAGACAUAAGAGGAGGCCAAAAGUCAGACAUACUAAAAAGAGACGGAAGGAAAUGAGCAGUUCAGAGGAGCCAAGGAGGAAGCGCACAGUGAGCACUGAAGGUUAUUCUGAGAGAAGUGAUGUGAAUGAAAAAAGAUCAGGUGAUUCAAAUGCUAAAAGAGAAAAGCCAGUUGUCCGUCCAGAAGAAAUUCCUCCAGUUCCCGAGAACCGAUUUUUACUUAGAAGAGAUAUGCCUGCUGUCACAGUGGAGCCUGAACCGAACAUUCCAGAUGUUGCACCUGUUGUAAGUGAUCAGAAACCAUCUGUAUCAAAGUCUGGACGGAAAAUUAAAGGAAGAGGCACAAUUCGCUACCACACACCUCCAAGGUCAAGAUCGCGUUCUGAGUCUGAAGAUGAUGACAGCAGUGAAACUCCUCCUCACUGGAAGGAGGAGAUGCAGAGACUAAGAGCGUAUAGGCCGCCAAGCGGGGAGAAGUGGAGCAAAGGAGACAAGCUAAGUGACCCCUGUUCCAGCCGAUGGGAUGAAAGAAGCUUAUCCCAGAGAUCCAGAUCGUGGUCCUAUAAUGGAUACUAUUCUGAUCUUAGUACAGCAAGACACUCUGAUGGUCACCACAAGAAACGCAGAAAGGAAAAGAAGUUUAAGCAUAAAAAAAAAGCUAAAAAGCAGAAGCAUUGCAGAAGACACAGACAGACAAAGAAGAGAAGAGUAGUUAUGCCACCUGACUUGGAACCCUCAAGAUCUUCCACCCACCGAAUGAAGACCUCUUGUGAGAGAGAAAGGAGAUCUCGUGCCUCCUCCUCCUCCUCGCGUCUCUCAUCAAAGCGGGACUGGUCUAACUCGGACAGGGACGACCGGAGCUCUUCUACCCACUCCAGCAGAGACUCCUGCAGAUCCAAGUCUCAUUCACGAUCGGAUUCUAGAGGGAGCUCAAGAUCAAGGGCUCUGUCAAAGUCCUCAUUGCGUUCUCACAAUAGAUCAAAGUCCAGAUCUAGUUCCAGGUCAGGGCACCGAAGAACAUCAUCAAAAUCACCAAAAAAACCUGCUCAUUUGAGUGAAAAUAAGCCAGUUAAGACAGAACCUUUGAGAUCAUCGAUGCCACCGAAUGGAAAUGUGCUAGUACAGCCAGUGGCGGCAGAAAGCAUUCCUGUAAUACCGUUGAGUGACAGCCCUCCCCCUUCUAGGUGGAAGCCUGGACAGAAGCCCUGGAAGCCCUCUUACGAGCGGAUUCAGGAGAUGAAGGCUAAGACAACCCACCUGCUGCCUGUCCAAAGCACAUACAGUUUAACACAUACUAAAGAGACUGGGAGUUCAUCUUCCUAUCACAAAAGGGACAACCAUUCCGAGAGUGACGGGAGUGCUCAUUCAAGGUACAGUGACAGAAGUUCUGCGAGCUCAGGGAGGUCAGGGGCCAGGUCCUCUAGGAGCAGGUCAUCCUCUAGGUCCUACACAAGGUCAAGGUCACGAAGUCAGCCUACUUCACGCUCUCGGUCCAGGUCUCUGUCAUCUAGGUCUCACUCAGAGAAUAAGUACAGUGAUGGUUCCCAGCGCAGUAGGUCAUCUUCAUACACUUCCGUUAGCAGUGAUGAUGGAAGACGAGCCGCGAGGACAUUUAGAUCUAGUGGGAAAAAGAGUGUCACCUCAAGUAAAAGACACCGCAGCAGCUCAAAAAAGAUACUUCACAGUAAAUAUGUCAGAGGCAGAGAGAAGUCUCCAUGUCAAAGAAAGUAUAGUGAAAGCAGAUCGUCUUUAGAUUCCUCCUCAGACAGUGAACAGUCACAUGCUCCAGGAGAGCACUCGGCCCCAGAGAAGGAGAAGCAGGGGAAAACAGAAGUAUUGAGUGAUAAGCAGGGGAAAAGCAGAGAGGAAGGGCCAUCCAAGCCUGAAUGGGAAAAGAGAACUUUAAAAGAGAGUCUUUCUGGUCACUCUAGAGACAGCAGUAAGUCUAAAGGGAAGAAUUGUGCUGGGAGUAAAUGGGACUCUGAGUCGAACUCAGAACAAGAUGUGACUAAGAACAGGAAAAGUGAUCCUGGGAGACGUUCUGAUAAGGAAGAGGGUGAAGCCUCUUCAGACUCCGAGUCAGAAGUUGGUCAGAGUCACUUCAAAGCCAAACCCCCAGCAAAGCCUUCAGCAAACACUUCUCUGCCUGACAGUAAUGGUGCCUGGAAGUCUAGGAGACCACAGUCUUCGGCUUCUGAGUCAGAGGGCUCCUGCUCCAACUUGGGAAACGUUAGAGUGGAGCCCCAGAAGCAAAAAUGCCCAAAGGAUAGUCUUAAAGGGGAUCACACAAAAAAGGUGAGAGAGAAAUUGAAAGCCAAAAAAGACAAAAAACACAAGGCUCCGAAACGGAAGCAAGCCUUUCACUGGCAGCCUCCACUAGAGUUUGGUGACGAAGAGGAGGAGGAGAUGAAUGGAAAGCAACUUACGCAGGAGCCAAGAGAAAAAAAGCAUGUCUCCGAGAAGUGUGAAACUGUAAAAGACAAUGUUCCAAAAGUAGAGAAAACCUGUGAUGGAGGCAGCUGUCCCAGUAACCCUAAGAAGGAUACUUCAGAGCACCACCCACUUGCAGAGGGUGAUCGGCAUCCCAGCCCUUGCCCUGCACCUUCCAAAGUGGAGGAAAAUGCUACUAGCUCUCCUCCUAGCACCCAGCCCAUUGAAGAGCAUGUCCCAGGUGGAGGGGAGGACGUGCUUCAGACAGAUGACAACAUGGACAUUUGCACCCCGGAUAGGAGUUCUCCUGCAAAGGGAGAGGGAGUGUCCCCAUUAGCAAGCCACAGGCUGGACAGCCCAGAGGUGAGCAUUAUUCCAGAGCAGGUUGAGCACAUGGCACAGCCCAGAGCAGGAGGGAAACAAGAAACCAUUGUGUCUGAAAGUAAAACCUCAAGUGAAGGUGGAAAACAGGACAGUUCUGCCAGCUUGGCCAGUCCUGUAGAAAUUGCUGGAAAGAAGGAGGGGGCUGAGAAGAGCCAGAUGAACCUCACAGAGAAGUGGAAGCCGUUGCAGGGUGUAGGGAAUCUGGCAGUGCCUACUGCAACCACAUCCAGUGCUCUGGAUGUGAAGCCAUUGGCUCCUGUGCCUGAAGUGAAACCACAAGGCUUGAGAAUAGAAAUCAAAAGCAAAAAUAAAGUUCGGCCCGGGUCUCUCUUUGAUGAAGUAAGAAAGACAGCACGCCUAAACCGGAGGCCACGGAAUCAAGAGAGUUCCAGUGAUGAGCAGACACCUAGUCGGGAUGGUAAUAGCCAGUCCAGGAGUCCACACAGAUCUCGAAGUAAAUCUGAAACCAAAUCUCGACACAGAACAAGGUCUAUCUCCUAUAGUAACUCAAGAAGUCGAUCUAGAAGUUCCACAUCAUCUUACCGAUCAAGAAGCUACUCUAGAAGCCGGAGCAGAGGCUGGUACAGCAGAGGUCGAACCCGAAGCCGGAGCAGUUCUUAUGGAAGUUUCCAUAGCCAUAGGACAUCCAGCAGGAGCAGGUCCAGGAGCAGCUCCUAUGACCCUCACAGUCGCUCCAGAUCCUACACUUAUGAUAGCUACUACAGCCGGAGUCGCAGCCACAGCCGCAGCCAGAGGAGUGACAGUUACCAUCGAGGCAGAAGUUACAACAGGCGGUCCAGGAGCGGUCGAUCGUAUGGCUCAGACAGUGAAAGUGACAGAAGUUACUCUCAUCACCGGAGCCCCAGUGAGAGCAGCAGAUACAGCUGAGGGAUCUUUGUACACAGAUUGUAUCUUAACUGUAAAUAAUUGGUAACUUAAAGCUUAAGAAACUGGACGGCAGUCUGUUGUGUUUCAGUAUUAGAACUCAAUUCCAACAGUGGAUAGUUCCUGUCACUUCAAGUACAGGUGUCAACUAGAAAUAUUUUUAUGCCCCACUUUACAGUAGACAACUAUGGAAUUUUCAUUUUCUUGAAUCAAGAAAUGGUGAAGUUGAUGUAAGUAUAAUUUGCAGUGUUUGUAGCUCACAUAGUCCAUAGAAUUCAGGUUUGUCAACAGUGUUUUCAGGUUUUAGCAUCCAUGCUGCCAAACAGAAUUGUGGAGAGCUGUCACAAGCUACAGGUCCCCACAUCCCUGUGCUGGUUAUAGUCUUGUGUGUGUUGUCAAACUAGGCCAUCCACAUCCAUAUUGACUGUGGCCAGGUGUGCAGGAUGGUGGCGCAUGCCGCCAUGUUUGCCUUUCCACAGAGACUGCAGAUGGUGUUGCUGUUCCAGCUCUCACUUUGGUGCUUGGUGCCUUUGGUUCUCUUACACCUUACUUCAUAUACAUGUCCUGAUGCCAGAAGAUAGAAUCAUGGCUUUUUUUUCUUUCUUUCUUUUCUUUUUUUAAAUUCACUGGCACCAAAAAUUAUUUCUUCUGAGCUGGGUUCACUAUGAGUGUAGGGCUUCUUCCAAACAGAUAUGUGGUGCAGGUGUCUUGGAACAGAGCCUGCAAGGUUGGCCAUCUUGCUUUGCACGUGUGUGCUGGAAGAGUCAGCUGGAGAGUGGACUUCAGAAGAAACCCCACUUCUUUAAUUAGCACAUCCCAGAGACACUUUGGCAAAGCUCUACUAUCACACUGUGGCAACAGCCAACCUCUUUCCUGUUUGUGUUGAGACCUCUACUGGCUCCGUGAAGCCCUGCCUGACUGGAGACAACCCAGGACAAGAGUUGGGAGCAGAAGGAUCACAGGCUGCUGCACAGAAAGAUGUUCUUGUGGCUUUGCGUGGUUCCUCCUAAAAAUAACCUGUAAAAAUUAGUUUGGGUUUGUUUCUUUGUUUCACUCUUUAGUUUGCAUUCUUUCCCCAAGUGUACUUAAUCACCUUAGUGCCGGUUUAAUCCUGUUCACAGAAAGAAUUUCUGUAUAUGGUGUCAAAGUCUAUACCAUCCAAUCCCAGGCCCUGCUGCUGGUGUAUUUGGGAAGAAGAAAAGCCUUUAGCUGCUAGAGGACCUUACAGCCCUGGCCCGAUGGAGGGAGGCACCGAUGUGUGAAAAUGGUUUUCCAGGGCCAUGUGGCUCAGUGUAGCAUAUGCUUAGCAUGUAAGGAUGCUCUUGUACCCCAAAAAUAAUGCUGUCACCCUUAUGAGGUACAUAAGUAGCAUUUUGGUGGCCAGCCAUUGUUCAGCAUACCAGUAAAUAUAAGUCCAUUAGAAAAAAGUAUAACAUCAGAAGUCAUUGCUUGGCUGAAGAUUAAACCUGUGGUUUAUAGUGGGUUUUUUUUUUUCCCUAAAAGUUUCCUACAAAGAAGGAUGUUUGAACCUACUAGUUGGUGAGAAGAAUGCAAGCAGAGCCCAAACAAACUGCCAAAUGGAAUUAGUAAGGAAAAGUCACUAUUGGGCAACGUAUUGUUGUUUUGUAGCUGUGUAACAAAUUAUCCCAAAUUUCUCAGCCUAAAACAGUACCCAUGUGUCACUGACUGUCAGCUUUGUAACUCAUGGCCAGGCACGGUGGGGUUGACUGCUCAGGGUCUCAGGGCUGUGGCUAAGGGCUGGAAGGACACAUGCCUCAUGAAGACUGAGGAGGAGUGACUUUCUUGCAGACUGUCAGCUGGGCUCUUUUGAGGGUGCCCACAUCCCUGCCCCAGGCCUAGCCAUCUUCAACCAACAGGGAUCCUUUGAGCCUUCAUCUUUCUUCAAAACCUCUGCCUUCCUCCUGUCUUAAGGGUUCAUGUGACUAGAUCAAACUAGAACAGAGAUAAAUAUCUGAAGUCCGGUGGCCAGGGGAGUUACAGGCGUUGGCAGGUUCCGGGGGUUGGCAUAGGAAGAGGCAGGGCGUGCCACCUCCUGCCACCAUGGACAGCCUGACCUGUCCAGGCAGGCUCUCACCUUAGCAGUGUCAGCCUGGCUGUUUAUACUCAAGUGAACUACAGAAAUGGCUUUCUUUCCUAACCAGGAUCAUUCUGUAUUUUGAAGUUAUUUUUUUAAUAAAAUUGAAUUACAUUGUGUAAUGUGCUUAAUAGAAAAUGCUUUAUUGGACAGUUUUGUAACAUCCUGUUUACUGCAAAUGGCAUAGUUGAUAUUGUCAAAAAUGUAGAAAAUACUUUUGUACAUACAUAUUAGCAGUGUCUAAUUUGUAUAUACAUCAAUUAAAUUUCCCUACAACUUGAAAAGGGUCUUGUAGACAUGAAAAUACAUGCUAACUUUGA